AUGGCGUUAGAUCCGUCGGGUGUUUUGCUUGCAACGUGCUCAAGUGACAAGGAAGUAAACAUAUUUUAUCGUAAUUCAUUAGUGGACGAGCCUAGUGCCUGGACCUUAUGUUGUAUUUUAAAGGAUCAUGUGGCCACGGUUACUCGUGUGGCAUGGUGCUUACACAGGGAGCAUGGACCUUUGCUUGCCACCGCGGGUGCUGAUAGGUGGUUUUACGUGUAUAAAAUUAUACUGACGAUGCAUGGUGGGAAAAUGGUGUGUGAUGCAGUGAAAUAUUCUGUUAUUAGGGGGUUUGAAAAGGAUGUCAUCACCGAUGUGGCGUUUAUUCCUUUUGAACAGCAUCGUAUUCUCCGCUUGUCAACCGCAUCGUUGGAUGGCUGGAUACGUUUGUACGACAUCCAACCUGUGCAAUUCCUAUGUGUUAGCAAAAUCACGCAGGAGACACAGACAGGUAGAAGCGUAGACACGCGCCGUCGUGGAAUUACCUCCAUUGCCUGGUUUCCAAGUUCGGCUGAUGAAGGCAGGGCUCUUGCUAUUGGAUGCAUGAAUGGGGCCUUUUUCCUGUACCGAUCUUCAAAGGACUGUGAAAAGUUUGAGCGUGUGCGCAGUGCGCUUCCUGAAAGAGCGGAUACCUCUAUUCAUCAUAUUGUUUGGGCUCCUUGUGUUGGGCGUUCCUUUCAGUUGCUGGCGAUUUGCUGCCGUAGUUCUGUGUAUAUUGUGCGGCUUAAUUGUGUUUCGCCCGUCUUGGAGUCAUACAAUUGCGACGUCUUUCGUUGGCCCCGAGGGGCGGCGUGCGCGGCGUGGAGUCGUUCUGCCUCACUGCUUUACCUAAUCAACGAUGAUGAUGCAAGUGAGAUGACGCUCCUGCAAGCAAAAGACCCGUCAGAUCAUCAGUCGUGGAGGGAAGUACCACAUAAUUUUUUCUGA